GGAGUAAUGGGAAAAUGUACAAAAUUAUGGAAUGCAAGUGGAAGGCCCAAAUCUUCUGAAAAUGGGAGAUAACAGAUGGUAAUCAGCUAAAAUUUCUUGCAUAAUCAGAUGGCAUACAUUCAAAGAUUCGUGGAAAUAAAAGACGGAAUGAAGCCGGGCGACAGUGGAGUAUAUCUUAUCACGUUAUCAUCUAAAAUAUUGAGGGAAACGCUUACUGGAAAUGCUCCCAAUGUGUAUUCACGACAAUUUUUCCAUUCCCAUCAUAAAUGGUCAAUAACUUUCUCUCUUAAACGGAGUCCUUUUGUGGAUAACUAUCAACAAUACCUGACUUGUUAUUUGACUUGGAGAAAUACCAGCAAUGAGCACCUGAGUUGCAGCUUGGAUGCAAGUAUAACUCUCAUUCAUCCAUACCAUUAUUCGGAGGACAUAAGAAUGGAUAUCUCCCAUUGCGAAUUCAAUAAGAGUAGACAAUCCUACGGAACCAAUAAAUUUGUGAGUCUUGAUCAAUUAACCACAUUUUUGCCUUCGACUUUUACCAAUUUUGAUUCCAAUACCACGACUUAUAACUCGGAUAAGAAGAUAAUUAAUAGCCCUAGCGAAAGCUUUGAGAGUAAAACGAUGGAGAGCAGUUUUUUAGCGUCUGUUCCAAGUAUUCCGGGUAUAACCGAUAAUGACACUAAUUUCCUGAUUCAGGUUGAGAUGAAGAAUGUAAGAACUUUUUAUGAACAAACAUUAGAUUUAUUUAAUUUCUUCUUUAAUGAACCAAAAUCGGCGGAAAAGGAGAAGAAACUUAAAAAAAAUGCCUUAACUCAUAAAAAUUUAGAGGAUUCAUCUCUCUAUAAAUUAUUGUUGGUAGAGACCCCGGAUCAUAAAACAACGUUUAAAGAAAUAAAAGAUGAUAAAAAUGAUAAAAAUUUGACAGAAAUGUUCCUCGGUGGCAAUAUAAAUACAGAAAAUAUUAGAGGCACUACCAAUAACAAAAAAGAUAAUUUUAAUGUUAAUUACAAAGACAUACAAAUAAUUAAGCCCAUACCAUGGGGCACUCUUACAGAUGAUGUGAUCAGAAGGGAAAGCUCAAAGUAUAGUUUUAUGCACGGUCAACCUUCUACCAAUAAUGAAGGAUCUUAUUUUAAUUUCGGAAAAUUUGAUUGGAAUUUCAGUGUUGUACCAGAAAUAGAAUUAAUUUCAGCGGAUGGUUUUAUGGAAACUAUGUUAGUUCAUAAAAACAAGGCAAAUGAUAACCCUCUAUUUGGUGAUGCAGUCGAAAAGACUAACGGGGAAGCUUUUCAAGGUAAAAAUUAUCCUUCUAAAAAAAUAUUUCCAUCAUUUUCAAUGGGACAAAAAACGCAUCAGCCCCUUAAUUCAAAUAUAUUAAAUCAAACAAUUGUAGAGAGUCCAAUAUCUAAUCAAAAAUGUAGUUCGUUACUUUUACCUGAAGGUUUGAUCCUCGGAAGAAAAAAAUUAGGUAAAGAUAAAUUGAAAUUUUUUUACGUCCUCAAACGGUUUCGUUGUAAAUUAAAUCGUCACACGCAUUUAGAUCAAAAAUGUCGCCUCAAUUACAAAAUAUCCAUUUGUCAAUUUCCGAAUAUCGCUAAAAAUAUUAGUAAGUUGGGAUUACAAAAUAAAAACAAUAAUGUGAUCGAAAGCAGUUUGUCCAAAAUGAGCCUAAACAUCCCUUCUAUAAUCACAGACCAAGAUUCUCUUGAAGAAUUUAGCACUGGGGAAGAAAUUUUAAAUGAAAUUGACCUUCACGAAAUAAGCAAAAACGCUCCAAAACUAUCCUCGUCCACCUAG